AUGAUGCUCGCGCGAAUGACGGCGCCGUACCCCAUGUACGACCUGGAGGGCGGCAUGGGCGCGCCCGCCAAGGAGUACAAGGCCCCCAAGGGCCGCGCCAUCAGGCGCCUGCGGGACAACAAGGCGCUGCGGAUCGGCUGCUGCUUGGGCGUGUGGUACCUCUUCUCCGCCAGCGCCACCUUCACCAACAAGGUGCUGAUCAAGGAGCACCACGUGUCGGCCGAGAUGCUCACCAUGUGCCACCUCUUCAUCAGCAUCAUCCUCGACUUUGUGGUGCUGACGUUCCCCAGCUCGCCGAGCAGCACGGGGGCUUGGCGCAUGCAGCGCGUGCGCAUGCGCAGCAUCAUGUGGAUCGUGCCGCUGAGCCUCUUCUCCGUGUUCGCCAAGAUGCUCACGUACUGGAGCUACAAUGCCGUGCCGGUGUCCAUCACGCAGACCUGCAAGGCGUCGCAGCCCCUCUUCAACGUGGUGCUGGCCUUCGCGGUCUACCGCUCGCGGUUCUCCUUCGCCACGUACUCGAGUCUCGUGCCGAUCGUCUUUGGCGUUGUCAUGGCCUCGGUAUCUGAAAUGGGCAUGAACGACCUGGCCUUCUCAGGAGUGGUGUUCGCCGUUACGUCAGCGCUGCUCGGUGUCAUGCAGAGCAUGUACGCCAAGUUCCUGCUGCGCCGCCGUAUCGUGGUUGACACGGUCAACCUCCACUUCUACAGCGCGUUUGUGUCUUUCGCCAUCAACGCGCCGUUCGUGCUGAUGAGCGCGCGUGCGCACCAGGACAACUUUGUGGCGAGUUUCCCGUUUGGCAAGGUGCUCAUGUGCAGCAUGAUGCACUUCAUCGGCAGCUUCUGCUCGUCGUGGGUGCUGGGUGAAGUGUCGGAGCUUACGUUCUCCAUCAUGAGCACGAUGAAGCGUGUGGUCGUCAUCCUCAGCGCCGUGUUGUACUUUGGCAACCCCGUCACUGUCCAGUCGGUUAUCGGCAUGGCACUUGCGAUUGGAGGAGUUGCUGCCUAUCAGCUAGUCAAGAUCUCGGAGAAGCAGUCAAAAAUGCUGCCGUUGCCGCUAACGGUGAAAACGUCCGAGUAAGCCGCGCCAUUGCGCUUCGUUGCUUUUCAUAUAGUACGAGAAGACGAUAUAGAUUACAGUUCAUGAAGAAAGAAGCAGUGGAAGUCAAGGGCGUGAGCAAAUAAAUAAACGACGCUGGCGGACGAUGCCAGCGUACAGUUGCAGCUG